ACACGUCAUAAAAAAUCGACAUUCAUUAGAAAUAACCUGUUUUUUUCUAUGGCAAUAACACAAGAUGGCUCAAUGUAGCUACAGUAAACUCUCACAUUUUUUUAAAUUAACAACCGCUAACCUAAAUAAACCAACAUUGUUACGGACAGGGAGAGAUAUUCAUCAUGCUCCACAACGCGGAAAAUAUUUCAUACGUUUUCAUAAGACCUCAGGUCCUGAGAGGGCAUUGCAGGAGAGACAGAAGCAGCACAUGGCUCGGGGCUUGCCCAAACAAAAGCCCAUUGCUGGAGUGAAACAAGUUAUUGUGGUGGCCUCAGGGAAGGGGGGUGUUGGGAAAUCAACCACUGCAGUGAAUUUGGCCCUUGGACUCACAGCUAAUGAUCCAAGUAAAACAGUGGGCAUCUUAGACGCUGAUGUUUACGGUCCCUCAGUUCCUAAGCUGAUGAACCUGAAGGGGAACCCAGAACUAACUGACAACAACCUCAUGAGACCACUUAUGAAUUUUGGGAUUCCUUGUAUGUCCAUGGGGUUUCUGGUAGAGGAUGUUGCACCCAUUGUCUGGAGGGGCCUGAUGGUGAUGUCGGCUAUAGAGAAGCUACUUAGACAGGUAGAUUGGGGACUGCUGGACUACCUGGUUAUUGACAUGCCACCUGGGACUGGAGAUGUUCAGUUAUCGAUCACUCAGAACAUUCCAAUAGCAGGAGCAGUGAUUGUGUCCACUCCUCAGGAUAUUGCCUUGCUGGAUGCACGCAGAGGAGCAGAAAUGUUCAAGAAGGUCAAUGUACCGGUCCUGGGUAUAGUCCAGAAUAUGAGCGUGUUUCAGUGCCCAAAGUGUAACCACCAGACCCACAUCUUUGGGGCAGAUGGAGCAAGGGCCCUUGCUGAUACUCUGGGAGUACAAGUAUUGGGAGACAUUCCUCUACACCUGAGCAUCAGAGAGAUGUCAGACAGAGGCCAGCCUGUGGUGGUGUCCUCACCGGACAGCCCUGAGGCUGAGGCCUACAGAAAGGUGGCGACUGCCGUGGUCCAGCGUCUACAAGAACUCUCUGGUUGAGUUAUUGCCAUCUACUGUGUAGGACAACUGGACAACUCGUCAUCUACAGGAGAUACAGUGCAUUCGGAAAGUAUUCAGACCCCUUGACUAUUUCUACAU